AUGUCGGACCCAUCUCCCCCAAGCACCACAAGCACCACCAAGCCCCAGUUCGCUCCCCGCUCUCACAACGAUGUCUACCCCUUCAUCCACCCGAAGAAGUUCAAAGGCGCUCUCCAGGACAAGGUAACUAUCAUUACUGGCUCUGCCGGAGCUAUAGGUCAAGCUCUCGCCGAGUCCUUCAGCGUCGCUGGUGCCAAGCUCGUCCUGACUUAUAACAACACCCCGCCACCGACGACACUCAGGGAGAAGUGCGUCGAUCUGGGGGCUGGUGAUGUGGCCUUUGUUAAGUGUAAUGUUGCUGAGCUUGAGGGGUGUGAGGAUCUGGUUAAACAGGCGAGUGUCACUGUUAUCAAACAUUACGGAAGGGUAGACAUCCUCAUCAACAAUGCUGGUGCGAAUAGUCUGGGCCUGUUCGACACCCAACCUCCCGAAGCCUUCAUCCACGAGCUCGCCGUCAACCUCCACGGCCCAUACUACCUCAUGCGUCUUCUCCUCCCGCACUUCAAGUCCCAACGCAGCGGCUGCAUCCUUAACAUUGCCUCGCGGGCCGGCACCGUCGCCAUCCCGUACAGCACCGGCUACUGCGCCGGCAAGGCGGCGCUGAUCAACCUCACUGCCUGCGUGCAAAAGGAGGUUGACAUCGACGGACUAGACGAUGUACACUUGUACUCGCUUCAUCUGGGCGGGAUCAAGUCUGCUAUGACUCUGUCCAAAUACUCGCCUUCCUCAAUCUCCACCCUGCCCCCCGCCACUCACUCUGUCUUUACCAACUCCUUCAAUACCCUCUACAACGACUCGCCGUAUCUUAACGGCAUGGCUUGCGUUGCGCUGGCUAGUGGAAUUGCCAAGCACGUCUUACGAGGGAAGUAUGUCGAUGUGGGCCAGGAUUUGGAGGAUAUACUCGCCCAGGCCGAGGCGAUUAAGCUGGAUGAGGAGUUGUAUUCGUUGCAUACUAGCUUUUUGGGCGGGUUGGUGAAUGGGGUGCCUGGAAUAGGCGCUGGGACGGGGAAUGACGCGGCAAAGGAAGUGGACGGGGAGGACGGUGUUGUAACCGGUAAAGAGGGGAAGGAGUUGAAGGAAAGGGGAAGGCAAGAGACGUUUGAGUUUCCUGGGUUUUGA